AUGGCAGAAAACCGGGAGUCCCGUGGGGCUGUCGACACCGAACUGGACCCAGUGGAGUACACGCUUCGGAAGCGGCUUCCCCACCGCCUGCCCCGGAGGCCCAAUGACAUCUACGUCAACAUGAAGACCGACUUCAAGGCCCAGCUGGCCCGCUGCCAGAAGCUGCGGGAUGGAGGGGCGCGGGGGCAGAACGCUUGCAGCGAGAUCUACAUCCAGGGCCUGGGCCUGGCCAUCAACCGCGCCAUCAACAUUGCCCUGCAGCUGCAGGCGGGCAGCUUCGGGGCGCUGCAGGUGGCCUCCAACACCUCUACCGUGGAGCUCGUCGACGAGCUGGAACCAGAGACCGAUGCCCGGGAGCCACUGACUCGCAUCCGCAACAACUUGGCCAUCCAUAUCCGUGUCUUCAGGGUCACACCCAAGUAG